AUGGCGCUUGACCAAGGGCAGGUGCUAUCACCUCUACCUCUUCCUCCUUAUUCUCCGCUUGAAGAGUUGUCAGAGCUAGUGAAUGUGGAGGGCUAUAGUGAUUGGAUACGAUUGGUUGCUGAGUUCACUUUGAAGUCUUUGCAAUCCUGGCAGUGGGCCAGUAGCAGUGUAUACUACCUAUUAGGGCUAUGGUCCAGAUUGGUGUCAUCUGUUCCAUAUCUGAAGGGUGAUGCUCCAAGUUUGCUGGAUGAAUUUGUUCCUAAGAUCACUGAGAGUUUUCUCACAUCAAGAUUCAACUCUGUGCAGGCUGGAUUCCCCGAUGAUCUUUCUGAGAAUCCAUUGGAUAAUGUUGAACUGCUUCAGGAUCAGCUGGAUUGCUUUCCUUACCUUUGCAGAUUCCAGUAUGAAAGCAGUGGUUUGUAUAUAAUAAACAUGAUGGAGCCUAUUCUGCAGUCAUACACGGAAAGAGCAAGAUUGCAGACCUGUGAUAAAAAUGAACUCGCUGUUAUUGAAGCUAAACUUACUUGGAUUGUUCAUAUUAUUGCUGCCAUUCUUAAGAUAAAACAAUGUACUGGUUGUAGUAUGGAGUCACAAGAAGUGCUUGAUGCGGAACUCUCAGCUCGCGUUCUGCAGUUAAUAAAUGUCACUGACAGUGGAUUACACAGUCAGAGGUAUGGUGAGUUAAGUAAACAAAGACUUGAUCGAGCAAUUCUGACCUUCUUUCAGCAUUUUCGCAAGUCUUAUGUUGGUGAUCAAGCAAUGCAUUCAUCUAAGCAGUUAUAUGCUCGUUUAUCUGAGCUGCUUGGACUGCAUGAUCACCUAUUACUAUUAAAUGUGAUUGUUGGGAAGAUAGCUACAAAUCUAAAGUGCUACACAGAGAGUGAGGAAGUCAUUGAUCAUACUCUAAGUUUAUUCUUGGAGCUGGCAUCUGGAUACAUGACUGGAAAGUUGCUUCUGAAGCUGGAGACUGUUAAAUUUAUAAUUGCAAAUCAUACUAGAGAGCAUUUUCCUUUCCUAGAAGAAUAUAGAUGCUCCCGUAGCAGGACAACUUUCUAUUACACCAUUGGUUGGUUGAUAUUCAUGGAGGAUAGCCCUGUGAAAUUCAAGUCUUCAAUGGAACCACUUUUGCAAGUCUUUCUCAGCCUGGAGUCAACACCUGAUUCAGUAUUUCGUACUGAUGCUGUUAAGUAUGCUUUAAUUGGAUUAAUGAGGGAUCUUAGAGGUAUUGCGAUGGCCACAAACAGUCGUAGAACAUACGGUCUUCUAUUUGAUUGGCUAUAUCCUGCGCACAUGCCACUUAUCUUGAAAGGCAUUACUCACUGGACUGACACACCAGAGGUUACCACCCCAUUGUUAAAAUUCAUGGCUGAGUUUGUCUUGAACAAGGCACAACGCUUGACUUUUGACUCGUCUUCUCCUAAUGGGAUUCUUCUUUUCCGUGAAGUCAGUAAACUACUUGUAGCAUAUGGGACAAGGAUAUUAUCUUUGCCUAAUCCGGCUGAUAUAUAUGCCUUCAAGUACAAGGGAAUAUGGAUUUCACUAACUAUUCUGGCAAGAGCUCUUGCUGGAAACUAUGUAAACUUUGGUGUGUUUGAACUCUAUGGUGAUAGAGCACUCUCUGAUGUGCUUGACGUUGCUCUAAAGAUGACAUUGUCAAUUCCGUUGGCUGAUAUAUUGGCAUUUCGAAAGCUAACGAGGGCCUAUUUCUCCUUCUUAGAGGUUCUAUUCAACAGCCACAUUAGUUUUAUAUUGAAUUUGGAUGCUGCAACAUUUAUGCAUAUUGUUGGUUCGCUUGAAUCUGGUCUAAAAGGUCUGGAUACAAAUAUCUCAUCACAGUGUGCAUCUGCUGUUGAUAAUUUGGCUGCUUUCUACUUCAACAACAUCACUAUGGGGGAGGCACCCACUUCACCAGCUGCUGUCAAACUUGCCCAGCAUAUUGCAGACUGUCCUAGUUUGUUUCCACAAAUAUUAAAGACGCUAUUCGAGAUAGUUUUAUUUGAGGAUUGUGGCAACCAGUGGAGUCUUAGCAGGCCUAUGUUGAGCUUAAUUCUUAUCAGUGAGCAGAUAUUUGCUGAUCUGAAAGCCCAGAUUUUGGCUUCACAGCCCGUGGAUCAACAUCAGAGGCUAUCCAUUUGUUUUGACAAGCUUAUGACAGAUGUUACUCGAAGCUUAGAUUCAAAGAACAGGGACAAGUUCACCCAGAAUCUAACCAUAUUCAGACAUGAAUUUCGUGUGAAGUAGCUCAAAUAAUGUGCAUUCACUACAUUUUUGAGCAACUGUUUUCCUGCAAAAGAUGUGCAUCUGGUGAGACUCUUGGCUUGUCAUCAUGGAUAGUUUGAAUGUGGGAGCCAAGCAUCUUGUUGCUGCAGUGUGUUGGUUUUUUUUGCCUGAACUAAAAAGAGCAGAUUCUUUCUGAAGUCGGUGCAAAAGUUCUGUGUGAAACAGUUAUGAUGGUAUUGUAUAGUUUCCUAUACCAGAAGCAUUUUGGAAUGUUACAAAGGAUUUGCCAAGGUGCAUAAAGGUUGUAGCAAGUCUGACAUAUGGUUGGGUAAUGGCGAUUUUCAUCUAGUAGAUCAAUUCUUUUAUAGCAUAUAUUGUAAAUCAUGGGGGUUUAUGUUUCAGAGAUGGAUCAUAUUUGCGGUACCCUGAAAAAAGAGAUGAGGAAAGGAAAAUAACUCCAGUACUAGUAUGGAGUUUGAUGUUUUUUGUACAUUAACAUCCACAUUCUUUUGUACUUGUUGAUAGCAUAAAGAAGUAAAGCAAAAUUGGGUCAAGUUUGGAAGUUUUUUUUUUUUCUGGUUGGGUUGAGGUAGUCCUGAACCAUUUUUGCAGCAUAUCUCAGUUUGUAUGCACAUUAUUCACCUGCAAUGUCAUAUUUUAUGCUUGGCUGUUGGAACAAAA